UCCUCCUCCUUCUUCUUCUCCUCUUCUCUCUAAUGGCGUCGGAUUCAACGAGGCUGCUUCUCGGCCACAAGGAGAAGCACUUCACCGCCGGCGAUGUGGUGAGGGACGUCAUCAUGGGAGUCUCCGAUGGCCUCACCGUCCCAUUUGCCCUCGCCGCCGGACUCUCUGGUGCCAAGGUUCCUUCCUCCCUUAUUCUCGUCGCCGGACUCGCUGAGGUCGCCGCCGGAUCCAUCUCCAUGGGCCUCGGCGGGUAUCUAGCUGCCAAAAGUGAGGCUGAGCAUUACCAACGGGAACUGAAGCGAGAGCAGGACGAGAUCAUCAACGUUCCUGACACCGAGGCUGCGGAGAUUGGAGAGAUCUUAUCAAAGUAUGGAUUGGAGCCUCAUGAGUAUGCCCCUGUUGUUAGUGCUCUUCGCAAGAACCCUCAGGCAUGGCUUGACUUCAUGAUGAGGUUUGAGCUUGGGUUGGAGAAACCAGAGCCAAGAAGAGCAAUUGAGAGUGCCUUAACAAUUGCAAUAGCUUAUGUGGUAGGAGGCCUGGUGCCCCUCCUACCUUAUGUUUUCAUUCCAAGAGCUCAGAAUGCCAUGUUUACAUCCAUUGGAGUCACCUUGGCAGCACUCUUAUUCUUCGGCUAUAUUAAAGGCCAAUUCACCGGUCACCGGCCUGUUCUCAGUGCCGUCCAAACAGCAUUCAUUGGUGCACUGGCCUCCGCCGCAGCCUUCGCAAUGGCCAAGGCUGUUCAAGCUAUAUGAACACCCUUCUAUCGCUUGCUAUUGUUUAGUACUUGCCAGGUAUCUUUUAAUUGUUUGUUAAAAAUGGACUUUCAGUGUUUUUGUUCAGUGUAUGUUUUUUUAAAGUUUGUUUAUGUAGUUAGUUGUGCUGGUUAGUGACUCAUUGUGCAUGUUCAUCAACUAAAAUGGAUUAGAUGAGUAACUUGAUUUGCUUCUUGUUGUCCCACUUGAGUUUUUUUCUCUUGUUUGUUUGAUUUCCUUUAAGACUUGCUGUUGUUUGUGUUCAUGUUUAGAGAAUUGGUCCGAAA